AUGGUGCUUAUCGCUGCUACAGUAUGCACAAAAUCUGGAAAAGCUCUGGUGUCACGUCAGUUCGUGGAGAUGACGAAAGCCCGUAUAGAAGGCUUGUUAGCAGCUUUUCCGAAGCUCAUGACAGGUGGAAGGCAACAUACGUUUGUCGAAACUGAGUCGGUUAGAUAUGUGUAUCAACCACUUGAUAAACUAUACAUGCUGCUAAUCACUACUAAAGCCAGUAACAUCUUAGAAGACUUGGAGACACUGAGACUUUUUAGCAGAGUGGUGCCUGAAUACUGCACGCAAUUAACUGAAGCAGAGGUUCUGAACCAAGCAUUCAAUCUGCUAUUUGCCUUUGAUGAGAUUGUAGCUCUUGGUUACAGGGAGAGUGUUAACUUGGCACAGGUGCGAUCAUUUGUAGAAAUGGACUCCCAUGAAGAGAAGAUCUAUCAAGCUGUUAGACAGACACAAGAACGCGAGGCUGCUAAUCGUAUGCGUGAAAAAGCGAAACAGUUGCAACGUGAGAGGCUGGAAUCGGCAAAGGGAAGAUAUAUUGGUGUACCGCAUAAAUCAUUCGGUACUGGUUUUGGAAGUUCAACAAUGACAUCAGUGUCCAGUGGUGAACCGAUGAUAGAGAAGAUACCGACCACACCCGUUAAAGAGGCUCGAACAACACGCUCAGCUAUGAAACUGGGUUCUCGUGGUACUGACGCUGAUAGCUUCGUGUCACGACUUCAGACAGAAGGAGAAAAGAUUGUCAAUACACCAACUGCUGUUGCCAAAGUGGAGAAAAUACCUGCUGUUGAUCAGAAGGAUGUUCACUUACGCUUCGAAGAACGUCUAAACCUGACAGCAGGUCGUGAUGGAGAUAUACAAAACUUUGAGUUGUCAGGGUUGUUGACAUUACGGAUAACCAAUGAACAGUAUGGACGUAUACAUGUACACGUCAACAACAAGGAUACUCGUCCACUCCAGUUGCAGACUCACCCCAAUGUGGAUAAGGAAGCAUUCAGAUCGGAGGGAAUAAUCCGUCUAAAACAAGCCCAGAGACCAUUCCCUAUGAACAGUGAUGUUGGUGUUCUCAAGUGGAGACUGGCGGCCGCUAAUGAUGAUAGACCUCCACUUUCAGUAAACUGCUGGCCAUCUGAGGGUACUGGUGGUGGAUGCGACGUAAACAUUGAAUACGAAUUAGAGCAAGACCAUCUUGUACUGGCCGACGUGAAUAUAAAUAUACCAAUGCCGUCUGGCAAUACUUCGCUAGUUGUGCAUCAAUGGGAGGGUAGUUACACACAGAAGGGACGAACACUCGUCUGGAACAUUCCACUUAUCAACAAACAACAGAAAUCAGGGACUUUGGAAUUUACUGUAACACCGGCCAUUCCCAACGACUUCUUCCCGUUGACUGUUACGUGGACGUCAGACACAUCUCUCGCUCUGAUUUCGUCAGGCAAAGUGGUGCAGGCUGAUGACGUCUUUCCCCCUUUAAAGAACUAUGAAGUUAAUGCAACACUAGUUUCGGAGGUGAAAUAUCCAUGGAUAGCUCGUGUUAUACAUUCCAGAAGCUUGAACAAGCCACAUGUUUGUACUGCUAUUUGCGUUAAAGAGGAAAUAUUUAUUACGGCGGCAAGGUGUAUUACAACAUUGCACGUUACAUAUACUACAAUUAUUUACAAAAAUCAUAAUUUGUACACCAAAGCAUUUAUUUUGCCUUCCAACGGGACAAAGCAAGCCUAUGAUGACAUAGGCUUUAUAGUGGUGCAUAAAAGAUACUAUGAAGGAGUCUGGGAUACAAUACAGCUGUAUAACAAAAACCGAACAGACAACGUAUAUAAGUGGUUCAGGAACAAUCGUUUCAUCGACACAUACAAAGUUGUAGGAUAUUCUCUUAAUAAGGGAUCGCACAUAAUACGUUCCACUUAUUCCGACUUUCCCCUUACCGAACUGGAGGUGUUUAUAGAUAUACAUUUGUGCAACGAAGUGUUUACAUUCAACAACCUUAUGGGUGACUUCAACGUGCCCUGCUACCAUUCUUGUACCCUGGACGACUACAGACACGACGAGAACAGAUGCAGUUCCUAUCAUGGCGUAGAAGGCGGUGCAGUGGUAAACACAGAAAAGAAUUAUCUACUUGGUGUUGCAACGUGGGGUGCUUUUUACAGCAAGUACGAAUUGCCAGUUGGGCUUUCGGUUAUCAAUUCCCGUAACUUUUACGAAGAUUACGCUUGUGCUCGUAAGAUACAAGAAGACGAGAUGAUUAAAGAAGACAAUCCUGAUUUCUACCAAGAACUCUGUAACAAAUAA